GCUGCACUGGGCGAUGGUUCACUUGUCAGAUGCUAUGUCUGGCUGUAGGAGAGGUGCAGCAGCUCUGAGUAGAGUAAGUUGUGUCUGGUUGUUGUCGGGAUCUAGGAUUAUAUUGGUUCAAUGAAUAAAUUUAAAUAAAGGAGGUUGGGGGGAAGGGGGUGGGGGAUGGUGUCUUUGUGGAUGACCUGAGUGUUCCGAUGCCGUGAAUUUAAAGUGACGUUGUGAUUAAUUAAUUAUUGUGCGCCACUGUUUGGUUUGAAGUUGUUUCUAGGUCAAUAAAUAAAUAAAUAGGUUGUUGGAUAAAAUAGGGUACAGCUUUGUAUAAGACCACUGUAAUAAUAAUUUAUAAAAAAACAAAAAAACAAUGAUAAAUUUAAAACUAAUGGAAAUAACAUAAAAUAAUUUAACGCCAUGAAAUAUUUGUCUUUGCCAUACAACAUGGAGUCACGGAGAUGUGACACAGCCGCAUGAACCGAGAAAGGAAAACAAACUGACAGUGUCACAAUCUCAACAAUUUCAUAUUGAAAUACUCCUUAAAAUAAUUAGGCUUGCCAGUAAAUUUAGAAGUUGUGGACAUUUAGGAAAUGUGCCAGUUAAUAAGUGUGUGUCAUUGACAAGCAUAACAUAAGAAUAGCUAAAAGUAUGUGUCAUUGACAAACAUGACGUAACGUAGCUAUAAGUAUGCGUCAUUGACAGAAAUGGCAUCACAUAGCUAUAAAUAUGUGUCAUUGACAAACAUGACAUAAUAAAGCUAAAGGUAUGUGUCAUUGACAACAAUGACAUAAUGUAGCUAAACGUAUGUGUCAUUGACAAACAUGACAUAAUGUAGCUAUAAAUAUGUGUCAUUGACAAACAUGACAUGAUGCAGCUAUCUCAUGGCAGCAAUGUUUAGAAGUAAAAAAAUCCCCACCAUUAACGUUAUCUUGAAUGUUUACUCUGUAUGGAAACAUGACGCCAAACAUUGUAAAUCUAUUUAUAUCCACAGAACCUCCAAGAAUGGAGUUUUCUUUCGCAAUAUCGAUUGGACUGCUGGGAUUGCUCGGCUUCCUUGAGAUCGUCUCGGCCAGUGUUCCGUUAUUUCUAACACCGUAUCUGGAAAAAGGCCAGAUCAAGGAAGCACGGGGGCACAGCCGGGUAACUGAGGAAAAUACAACCGGGGUCACCAUUCCGGAAAGCUACUCAGGGUUCAUUACGGUGGACAAACAUUUGAAGAACCAUUUGUUUUUUUGGUUUUUCCCAUCGGCACUUAACGCCAGCGCCCCUUUAUUGAUUUGGCUAAACGGGGGCCCAGGCGUGUCUUCAAUGCUGGGCCUUUUCUGGGAGAAUGGGCCACUGGAACUCAGAUCCGACAGAAAAGACUUUCAAAAACGAGAACAUUCGUGGGCGGAUCCUUUUGCCAUGUUGUACAUCGACAACCCGGUGGAUGUGGGCUACAGCUUUACGGAGAGCGGCGACGCUGGCCACAGGUCAACCCAAAAAGGUAUAACUAAGGAUCUUUACUCUUUUAUAGAACAGUUUUACAAAAUGUUCCCGGAAUAUAAAAAGAGAGAACUGUACAUUGGCGGCCAGUCCUACGCAGGCAAAUACGUUCCCAGCAUCGCUUACUACAUCGACGAACAACUACAGAAAAACAGGACUGACAUACCCUUAACCGGGGUCUACAUUGGUGGUCCAUUUUUCGACCCGCCCGUCCAAACCCUUUCCUACUAUGAGUACAUCUACAGCAUGGGAGUAAUCAGCCACGCUCAGAAAGUUGAAUACAGGCAAGACACGUUGAAACUUAUUCAACAGUUCCACGCCGGCGAGCUCAAAAACGUGGAACUCAAGGAAGUGCUCGACAAAAUCCUCAGAAAUCUCGGCCUCGCCACUUUGGACAACUACGUCACGGGAAACCCCGCAGAUUAUAUGCUGGUCAAUGAGUGCAUGAACACGCCCCGCAUUCGCCACGCCGUGCACGCGGGCAACAGGACGUUCCACAUCAUCAACCGAGCCGUCAACGCCAAGUUCGGCGGGGACCUCUUCGUCAGCCUCAAAUCCGAAAUGGCAGAGCUGAUGAACAAGUACAAGGUACUCAUCUAUACCGGGGACUACGACGUCAUCGUCAGCUCCGUGAUGGUGGAGUCGGCGCUCCUGACGACGCCGUGGCGCCACCAGGCCGAGUACAACGCGACCCGUCGGUCGAUGUGGUGGUCGGCGGAAGGUCAGCUGAGGGGAUUCUAUUCUAAGACCGAUCAGUUCUGUCGGGUCGUGGUGAAGGGCGCGGGUCACCAGACGCCCCACGACCAGCCCCAGGCGUCGCUUGAGAUGAUGCGAGAGUUCAUCCAACACGGAUGUGUCGCGAUAAAAGCGACCGGAGAAGGGUAGGUGUUAUUUUUCAUCGUCAUCAGCGGCUCUAAACCUUCCUAAUGCCACGACCCUUUCAUUCAGUUCAUGAGCCUCAUGUUGUUGUGACCCCCAACCAUAAAAUUAUCUGCUACAUCAUAAAUAUGUUCUUACGUGACUCCUGUGUAAUGGUCGUUCAACCCACCAAAGGAGUCGCGAUCCACAGGCUGAGAACGGCUGAUCUAAAUAGUCUACAUCUUUCUUUUAUGUUCAGACAUAUAACGUCCAGGGCAGAUUAACAUAUACUUGAACCAGAAAUGAUAGAAUAUUUACUUGAGUUUUGGAAGACAUCUAAGAACUUGAUCAAAUUGCAUGUGUUUUGUUUGUUUUCAUUUGUUGUUAAUAUUGUGUAUAAGAUGGGAACUGACCGUAUGUCUGUCCUGCUUGUUGGUAUGUCCAUUUGAUGGUUGACGAGAUGCGAAGUGUUUAGACACCGUAGUUAAAUGGAGGUUAGAUUUUAGAGUGGUUAGACAUUUAGAUGUCAUGUGAUGUUCUGUACCAGUGGUUCUUAACCUUCCUAAUGUCGCGACCUUCUAAUGCAGUUCCUCAUGUUGGGGUGACCCUCCAACCAUACAAUUAUUUUCUUUGCUGUUCAAUAAAUAUGUGUUAUCGAUGGUCAUAGGCCACCCCUGUGAAAGAGUCUUUCGACCCUUUAAGGCAGGCCUGAACAACUCAAAAUGUUAGCGGGCCGGAAAACUUUAUGGAAAAACGUGUGCGGGUCAAAAGAAAAUAGGACAGGACCUGUGCGGGCCAAAAGAAAAUAGGACAGGACCUGUGCGGGCCAAAAGAAAAUAGGACAGGACCUGUGCGGGCCAAAGGAAAAUAAGACAGGGGGCAAGCUAUUAAGAAAUAAUAAGAUACAAGAAUAUUUCGUUACUUCGCGGGCCAUAUGUUGUGCAGGCCUGCUUUAAGGUGAUCGUGACCAAUGUUCCCUCUAAGGUUUGCUGGUUCGUGUGCAAAAUCAUACAGUUCUGUGCAAAGUUUUACAGAAUCAAUUUUUUUUGUGUGCAAAAAACUACAGCCCACAAACACACAAUGACAUGGAAAUUUGCUGCGCGGAUAAUCAAAACUGCUGCGCGAUGUCUGUGAGAUAGCUGCGCGGCCGCGCAACCACGCAGCUUAAAGGGAACUUUGGUCGUGACCCGCGGGCUGAGAACAAUAUAUGUUCUAUAUCCUUGAAAAUGACGAAGAUCUAAAAAAUAAGUGCACACAUUAAUCGUAAGCCAUCAUUUUGAAUAAAGUGGACCCCCUCCCCAAAAAAUGCUACCCGGGGCAGAUUGCAAACUCCACCCUCCCCCCCGACCCGUAUUCUUACGCCAGAAGGUUUUCUACGGAGAGAGAGCGAGAGUAGGGUUGCCAGACGUCCGGCAGGCAAAGCAAAAAUCUCGUAAAAUGUCUUGCUUUUCUUACAGUUUAUAUAAUAAUUUGUAUGUAUCGUUGUUACAACUAUUACAUCGUAUGUUUACGUUGCUACAAUGUACAAAGUCUAUGCAUUUCUGUGAACCAGUCGAUUUUAGUCAUUCUAACAAUCUAGCUCUGUGCUGUAUUAUCUAUGGUCAAAAUGUUAAAGUGGUCGAGAAGAAGAGUAUAAUACUUUUAUGGCAGAUGUUAAGUUGGUGUAUGAAGCAUGCAUUAGUUACUCAGAAAAGUGGUUGAAACCUUUUGAUGCAUUUCAGUGCUUUAAUUGGAUGUACUUAUAUAAAAUCAAAGACUGUACAUUUGAUGACCUUUUGGCAUGCAUAUUAUAUCUGAAAGAGUAUUACUGUAGAUAUGGUGCAAUUGUUUGACCAAUACCGCAAUCUUAAAUCAUUUGUACAAGACAAAAAUGAACAGUAUUUUGAAAGACUCUUGCAUGAACAGAGGAGUUCAUUUUUCCAAAGUUGCCCAAAUGCUUGUUGCUUUUCAAGAGUUACUUAAAAAUUUGUGUGAACAGUUUUAUGGAUAUGUGAUUGCUAACGAGGAUCCUCUGCGAAAAGUUGGCUCCUCCGAGAAAUGUGUCAAGUAAUUAAUAAAGAUUAUAAGGCAAUGAUUGUACAAUUGGCUACUUAAAUGAUGUUUUUUUGACAUUUUUAAAAAUGUCCUCUUUUGUCCUCUUUUUUUGUUUUAUUAUGCCCUCCUUUUGAUGACCACGUAUCUGGCAACCCUAAGCGAGAGAGAAAGGUAUUUACCAUUCUAUAUAUAUAUAUAUAUAAAUAUUUAUAUAUAUAUAUAUAUAUAUAUACAUGUAUAUAUAUUACAUAUUGAGAGAGAAAUAGAGUGAAAGAAGAGAGAGAGAGAGAGAGAGAGAGAGAGAGAGAGAGAGAGAGCGAGAGAGAGAGAGAGAGAGAGAGAGUUCUCCCCUCCCUGCACACAUUCCCCCUUCCACCGUUCGACUGACCAACUCUCCCCCCCCCCCCAAUUCCAUCCACAAAUCAGUAGUGACAUAUGCUUCCCCCACAGCAGCACCUGUAAUUAAAGAUAGAUUAGCUCCUGUGCUUAAAGUUAGGAUAAAACAAUUAGUAGAUUUGUUUCUCCUCUUACAUUAAUUAUAGCAACAGAAAUUCCCAAGCCAGUCGGCAAUCAGGAGUGAAUUAAAACAAAUCAAUUUGUUAAUUCAAGAAGAAUAUUUAUAAUAAUUUUUUUUAAAAAAGGAAAAGUUAUAAUUCGAAUAGUUUUGUUUCUCCCAUUCUGGAUGAACAUCUUAUUAAAGAACUCUGAGUUACGGGGUUGGGGGGGGGGUAGGAGUGCAAUAAUAAUACAAAUGCGUCAAAUUGUAGACGUUAACUUCAGAUUUGCAUACUGUACCAUAAGCAUCGAUGCCAAAUGAAAAAUUUUAAUAUAAUUUAACCCCCCCCCCCCACCCUUGAACGCACAUGUUUCUCUUUCUCGGCUGGUGCCAAAAAUGGUUCACUUCACCGAGAAAGAGGUCGAGAAGGUGGUGCUCCGUCACGGGGGGGGGGGGCAAUGGUACAUCCUAACAGAGCGCUGGCGACCCGCGUUAUGCUACAUCCUUGAUAUGAUGCUAGCAACCCGUGCUACACUAAAUCCUUCAUAGGUAGCUGCCAACCCACGUUACGCAACACAACCCGUUAAACAGUAGAUCCAUUUUGAAAGACAUAAGUUAAGGAAUAAAUUUAGAUUUCGGGAACUCAAUUUAAAAUAUGUUUUCAAAUUCAUUUUUAGCACCCAAUGUCCAAAGCGUGUAACGGAAUCCAACAGCAGGAAUGUCUCGCCGUCCAACAGCAGGAAUGCCUCGUCCAGGUCCAGUGGACGUAAGAAAACACCACGAAACUGUAAGAGCCAAAUCAAUUACUGGCGAUACCAUUUCAGUCACGAAAUCAUCUCUUUUUAAAUAUUGUCAUUGUCGAGUUAAUAAAUCAUGUGUAUCUUUUGAACGAAUGGAAACAUCCACUUCCACGGUACCACGAUUCGAAGGUUGCACAAUGGAACCACCGGGGGUGGGGGGAGCUGGUAGAGGUCGGGGAGGGGAGGGAACGUCCGUACCAAAAGCAUCACUGAGUAAAACAUCACCACCCCCCAGGUGCUCACUUUUUCCACAACUUUAAGACAGGGUAAAGAAAAGUGGCAAGUGGUUUUUUUAUUAUUCAGCUGUACGUGGUCACUAAUUGAUCGACACGCCACAGUGGUCAAGGCGUGUCAGUACUAAUGGAUACAUACAAACGAUUGACUCGUCAAUGAUGGUAGACAUGGACUAAGUUGUUGUACACCUGGAUGGUUGACAGACAUUUAGUUGUUGUACACCUGGAGGGUUGACAGACAUUUAGUUGUUGUACACCUGGAUGGCUGACAGACAUUUAGAUGUUGUACACCUGGAUGGUUGACAGUCAUUAAGUUGUUGUACACCAGGAUGGCUGACAGACAUUUAGAUGUUGUACACCUGGAUGGCUGACAGACAUUUAGAUGUUGUACACCUGGAUGGCUGACAGACAUUUAGAUGUUGUACACCUGGAUGGUUGACAGUCAUUAAGUUGUUGUACACCAGGAUGGCUGACAUACAUUUAGAUGUUGUACACCUGGAUGGCUGACAGACAUUUAGAUGUUGUACACCUGGAUGGCUGACAGACAUUUAGUUGUUGUACACCUGGAUGGCUGACAGACAUUUAGAUGUUGUACACCUGGAUGGCUGACAGACAUUUAGAUGUUGUACACCUGGAUGGCUGACAGACAUUUAGAUGUUGUACACCUGGAUGGUUGAUAGUCAUUAAGUUGUUGUACACCAGGGUGGCUGACAUACAUUUAGAUGUUGUACACCUGGAUGGCUGACAGACAUUUAGAUGUUGUACACCUGGAUGGUUGACAGUCAUUUAGAUGUCGUACACCUGGAUGGCUGACAGUAGAUGUUGCACACGUGGAUUGCUGACAGACAUUUAGUUGUUGUACACCUGGAUGGCUUACAGACAUUUAGAUGUUGUACACCUGGAUGGCUGAUAGAGAUUUAGAUGUUGUACACCUGGAUGGUUGAAAGUCAUUUAGAUGUUGUACACCUGGAUGGCUGACAGACAUUUAGAUGUUGUACACCUGGAUGGCUGACAGAUAUUUAGAUGUUGUACACCUGGAUGGUUGAUAGACAUUUAGAUGUUGUACACCUGGAUGGUUGACAGACAUUUAGUUGUUUUACACCUUGAUGGCUGACAGACAUUUAGAUGUUGCACACCUGGAUGGCUGACAGACAAUUAGAUGUUGCACACCUGGAUGGCUGACAUACAUUUAGAUGUUGCACACCUGGAUGGCUGACAGAUAUUUAGAUGUUGCACUACAGAUAUUUAGCUGUUGUACACCUGGAUGGUUGAUAGACAUUUAGAUGUUGUACACCUGGAUGGUUGACAGACAUUUAGGUGUUGUACACCUGGAUGGCUGACAGACAUUUAGAUGUUGCACACCUGGAUGGCUGACAGACAAUUAGAUGUUGCACACCUGGAUGGCUGACAUACUUUUAGAUGUUGCACACCUGGAUGGCUGACAGAUAUUUAGAUGUUGCACACGUGGAUGGCUGACAGACAAUUAGAUGUUGCACACCUGGAUGGCUGACAGACUUUUAGAUGUUGCACACCUGGAUGGCUGACAGACAAUUAGAUGUUGCACACCUGGAUGGCUGACAGACUUUUAGAUGUUGCACACCUGGAUGGCUGACAGAUAUUUAGAUGUUGCACACGUGGAUGGCUGACAGACAUUCAGAUAUGGUACACCUGGAUGGCUGACAGACAUUUAGAUGAUACACACCUGGAUGGCUGGCAGACAUUUAGCUUUUUGUACACCUGGAUGAGGAUGUUAGACGUACAUUUUAUUAUUUUACACCUGGGAAAAAAAAUUUGGGUAAACAAAUUUAUUUAUUGUACACCUGGAAGGCAGAUGUACGUUGUUUUUUUUUGUUCACCUGCAUUUUAGAUAACCAAGAACCUGAUUAAAAGUAAACAAAAUGUUUGUUUUUUUUAAACUGUAAACAUUUACUAUACAUUACGGUAAGUUAUUCUAUGCUCAAAUGUUUCUACAAUGAAUAAACUGAUCCUCUGUAUAUUGAUUUUUUUAAACAGCAUCGUGGUCAUUUGGAGCAGACACAGUUCGGACGGUGGUCAUUUUCUUAACGGCGACACUGGCCAGGCACUUAGGAAGAUUAUGAAAGUAACGACAAUUCCACAUGGCGGAAUGAACAACAACAACAACAACAACAACAACAACAACAACAACAACAACAACAACAACAACUCCAGUUAGAAACCUUUUGCUAAUAUUGUUAUUACUUUUGUGUACAACUUUUUUCUACCGUCAAUGUUUUGUUUUUUUAAAAUACAGGUUGAAUAUCAAGAAAACAUUAAUAUCAAUGCGAUAUCAAUUGUAUCAAUAAAAGAUUUUU